AUUCGAGCCGAGGAAUUUCCCCAGAAAAUAUCUCAACCAAUAAGUCGUCCAGAAGAAUCGAAUCCCAUUGAUUUUGAGUAUCGACCAUUUCCCGAACCAUUUUGAUUCUCAAAAAAGACUUGAGAAAAUCAAAAUGAAAAUAGAAAAUCAGUGCGAGUCCCCCAGCUGUCACUGUCAGUCACUGUUGCUUCCAUCGAAAAAAAUCCAGCAAAAACCCAAAGAAAAUUCGAGCCGAGGAAUUUCCCCAGAAAAUAUCUCAACCAAUAAGUCGUCCAGAAGAAUCGAAUCCCAUUGAUUUUGAGUAUCGACCAUUUCCCGAACCAUUUUGAUUCUCAAAAAAGACUUGAGAAAAUCGAAAAUGAAAAUAGAAAAUCAGUGCGAGUCCCCCAGCUGUCACUGUCAGUCACUGUUUAACUUAGAAUUAACUAACCUCCCCCUAACCUCGAAACCGUGUCUCCUCCGUCACCAUGAGCUUCUCAGUGUUCGCUUCCACGCUCGUCCUGUGCAGCUCGGAGACAGUCCUCGCGUUCGACCUGUCCCGGCGCUCCCUCCGGACGCUGAGCCUCCCAAAGCUGAGGACCACCAAGGAAAUAAAGCCCCACAACAGAGGGGAAACCGACUCGUUCCACGGGAUAACCUCAGUCUCGAUCUCCGGCGACGGUCACUACCUCAGCGUCUGCACGAACAGGAAGCAGCUCUGCCUGUACAGAACGAAGGAUUUUUCCCUGCUGUCCAACCGGACUCUGGUGAGGGCGGCGAGUCGAGUGAGGUUCACCCCUGGGAACGACGUGAUUGUCGCCGACAAGUCCGGCGACGCCUACCUGUUCUCCACGUGCCACCCAGACCGACCUGGGGAGCUCCUCCUGGGGCACCUGUCGAUGCUGCUGGACGUCCUGGUCUCCGACGACGAGAGGUUCGUCGUCACUGCGGACAGGGACGAGAAAAUCCGCGUGUCGCACUACCCCAACUGCUACAACAUCGAGUCGUUCUGUCUGGGGCACUCGAAAUUCGUCACCAACAUCUCGGAGCUGCCGCACGACAAGAGGAUGUUGGUCUCAGCUGGUGGAGAUGGAGAGCUCAGAUUUUGGAAUUACGUCGAGGGGGUCGAGGUCAAGAGCGUUGGGUUCAUGGGGCACAUCGAGGAGAACCACGUGGAGAGGCUGAACGAGGGCCUGAGGGAUCUGGAGCUCCAGGAGGCGGUCAGGAAUCUCCCGGUGAAACGACUGGCGUUGGACAUGGUGAAUGGCAAGUCCGUUCUGAUCAGCAGUUUUUAUGGCUCUGGGGUCGUGCUGGUUUACCAAGUCGAUGGGGAUCUUGGGGUCGAGCUCCUGCAGACGAUCUGCGAGGAGGAGGAAUCCUUGGAGUGCGUACUCUCUGGGGGGAGACUGUGGAUCUUGUUCGAGUCGGGGAUUAAAGUGUUUUGCUUUGAGGGGACUUUUGUUGGGGAUUCCGAAAUUAAUGAAGCGCUGGGGGAGGUGAAUCAGACGUGGAAGGAGUUGAGAGCGAAAGUUUGUGAACAGAUGUUUUAUCCAAUUUUGUAUAAGAGGAAGUUUGAUAAUGUUCAGGAGUAUCAGGAGAGGAAGAAGUCGAGGAUGAAAGUAUCUAAUUGACGUUAAGAAUUAAUUGAGGCGGUUGAGGGUUUUAAGACUAUUUAUAAAUUUGUUUGUAUAUUUUUUCUAAUGGAACUUAUUAAAGACAAAUUGCGAAACAGUCA